AUGACCGCUUCCUAUUCCGCUUUCCUCGCCGACAGUGGGACAGUUCACAAGCCCGAUGAAACGUCAAAGUAUAAGGGCUUAUUGGAGAAGAAAUGGACAAGUGUGAUACGGUUACAGAAACGGAUUAUGGACCUUGAAAAUCGAAAUGCGCAGCUUCAAGAAGAGCUCUCUCUUUCCCCUGCUCGGCGAUCCAAUUCGCAAGCAGACUGGGUCCCUCGCGCGCCCGCACGCUACACUCUGACGGGCCAUCGAGGGCAGGUCCUUCGAGUCACCUUUCACCCAUUGUACUCGGUCCUCGCAAGUGCUAGCGAAGAUGCGACCAUCAAGAUAUGGGAUUGGGAGACUGGCGAGUUCGAGCGGACCCUGAAGGGCCAUACCCGUCAGGUUCUUGACGUGCAUUAUGACAGUAAAGGGGCGCGACUCGUAUCGUGUUCGUCAGAUUUGACUUUAAGAAUAUGGGACGUUCUAAAUGAAUACUCCUCUCGAACGCUGCACGGUCAUGAUCACUCCAUAUCGUCCGCUCGCUUUGUUCCUGGGGACGAUUUCAUCGUAAGCUCCAGUCGGGACUUCACAAUCAAAGUAUGGGACGUAACAAAUGGCUGGUGUGUUAAAACUUUGACUGGUCACUCGCAAUGGGUGAGAUGCGUCACUCCAUCGGAGGAUGGGCGGUUGUUGGCCAGUUGCUCUGAUGAUCAGACGGCUCGUAUAUGGGAUAUGCAAACGGGGGAAACAAAGAUCGAGUUACGUGGCCACGAUAACUACUUAGAGGUUGUCACGUUCGCCCCCGUCGUGUCUUAUCCGAGCUUAUCGGAACUUUCGGGUGCUGCAUUGCCUUCCGACCGUGUCAAACUUCCUGGACAGUUUCUCGCAACCGGAUCAAGGGAUAAAUCGAUCAAGUAUGGGAUGCCUCAAGCGGGUCAUGAUAAUUGGGUCCGGGCACUCGUAUUCCACCCCUGCGGCACCAUGCUUCUCUCCGCAGCGGAUGACAAAACGAUCCGUGUUUGGGAUUUGAAGACUGGCCGAUGCAUAAAAACGGUCGAGGCACAUGGCCACUUUGUUACCGCUCUGGCUUGGGGCCGAACCAAAGCCGGAAUUGGCGCCUCUUCGGGACAAGUUACAGCAAAUGGAACCACCAGCGGAGAGAAGGUAGAGGAAGAUCGCCCCGUUAAUGUGUGCGCAUCUGGGAGUACAGAUCAGACGAUCAAGAUUUGGACGCCUUGA